CAGCCUGAGGCUGCAUAUGUCUCAGGUGUGCUGUUACCUGCCCAGAUCUGUUCUUUCUUUUGCGAUGGAGGCAGAAUUAGAAUAAGAAUUUGCUAGAGAUCUGUGGAAUCUACCCGACCAGCAAACCUCAGCACAACAUGAUCUUUCACUUUUUCAUCGCUUUCCUUCCAGCAGUUCGCCUUCAGGACUACAAGGACUUCCAGGACCCAUGCCCCAUCAGCUCCUGUAACCCCCAAGUGGGUGACCUGUUGGUGGGUCGUGCUGCUCAGCUCUCAGCUUCAUCCACUUGUGGUCUGGAUGGACCACAGAAUUACUGCAUCAUCGGAUAUCUGGAGGAGGGGCAGAAAUGUUUCAUAUGUGACUCUCAGCUACCGUAUCAUCGCUACAACAGCCCAAACAGCCACCGUAUUGAGAAUGUCAUCACAAACUUUGACCUCGAGAGAAAGCUGAAGUGGUGGCAGUCGGAGAAUGGAGUUCAUCAUGUCAGCAUCCAGUUAAAUCUGGAAACUAUGUUCCAGUUCAGUCACCUGGUCCUCACCUUCAAGAGUUUUCGGCCAGCAGCCAUGUUGGUGGAGCGCUCAAAGGAUUUUGGACGAAGUUGGAAAGUUGUCCGUUACUUUGCAGAAGACUGUUCUCUUCAUUUCCCUUCAGUGUCAACUGCGCCAGCCAGGAGCAUCGAUGAUGUUGUCUGUGAUAGCAGAUACUCUGGAUCAGAACCAUCCUCAGAUGGAGAGGUGGUGCUGAAAGCUCUUGAUCCUGUCUUUAAAACAGAAAACCCUCACGCACCAAACAUCCAAGAUCUGACCACCGUGACAAACAUUCGGGUGAACUUCACUCGUCUUUUCACACUUGGUGACACACUGCUGAGUCGAAGACGCAGGAACCCUCAAGACAAAUAUUACUAUUCUGUUUACAACAUGGUGGUUCAAGGAAGCUGUUUCUGUAAUGGACAUGCCAGCCAGUGUGUGCCCAUGGCUGGAGUUCGCUGGGACAUUUUCACCCAGCCUGGCAUGGUUCACGGACAAUGUGUUUGUCAGCACAAUACAGCUGGAGAAAACUGUGAGAGAUGUCAGGACUUUCACCACGACUCCCCCUGGAGGCCCGGAGGAGAGGGUGCAGCAGACAUCUGCCGAGCAUGUAAAUGCCACGGUCACUCGGACUCGUGUCACUUUGAUGCAGCUCGUUACAAAGCGACUGGAGGUGUGAGCGGCGGUGUGUGUGAUGACUGUGGCAACAACAGGAUGGGGCCUCAGUGUGAACAGUGUCGACCUUUUUUGUAUCAGGAUCUGCAGAGAGCGAAGGACGACCCACACGCCUGCAUACCAUGUAACUGCGAUCCAGUUGGUUCACGCGACGGCGGUCAGUGUGACUCUCUGAGUGGUCAGUGUGUAUGCAAAGAAAACGUGGAGGGUCAACGCUGUGAUCGCUGCAAACAUGGCUUCUUCAGCCUGAGGCAGGAUGACCCCGCGGGUUGUCAGGCAUGCAGGUGUCAUCCUCUUGGGAGUGUCGGGUCAUGUGAUCAGCUAACAGGAACUUGUGAAUGUGACCAAAUGGCGAGUGGACCGCUGUGUGAUCAGUGUCUGCCAGGUUUCUGGGGUUUGGGAAACUCUGUGUUCAGAUGCUCACCUUGUAACUGUGAUAUUGGCGGCGCUCAAGGACACACGUGUUCUCCAGAGGAUGGACAGUGUCGCUGUUUACCCAACAUGAUUGGUCGGCGAUGCUCUGACCCUGCACCCGGGUACUUCUUGCCUCCACUGAAUUAUUUCCUCUAUGAGGCUGAACUCACUUUCCCACUGCUAGGAGGAAACUCUUCUACAACUUCUCCUCCUCCAUCGCCUUCUUCUUCUGCUGCUCCAUCAUCUUCUUCUCUGGUGUGUAACAGAACUAUUCAACCUCUCCCUGUCAUAUGGCACUGCCCCUCAUUGCCUGAAAUCAGCAACAAUAGUUCCGAGUCCACCACCAUCAGUGGCCUCAAUGAUUACAGACUCAUUGCACUGACUUCAGUGGUUGCAAAGUUCUUUAAGAAGCUGGUCUUAAAGCACAUAAAGGACUGCAUCACACCUAGCUUUGACCCCCACCAGUUUGCCUAUAAGGCAAACACGUCAACCGAGGAUGCAAUUUCCACUGCCCUCCACUCUGCUCUGCAUCACCUGGAGAAUCCUGGGACUUUCGUAAGGAUGCUCAUCAGUGAUUUCAGCUCGGCCUUUAAUACCAUCAUCUCAGACAUUCUUAUAGCCAAGCUGAGAUCAUCCACCCAGCACUGGCUCACCACAGGGAUGUGUGCCACUCUGAUGGGGCUCAUCACCGAUGAUGAUGACACUGCCUACAGAGAUGAGAUCCAACGUGACUACGUGGAGAGGGUGUCCUCCUUUAAGUUCCUCAGUACCCACAUUUCCGAGGACCUAUACUGGACAACUAACACAUCAGCCCUGGUGAAGAAAGCCCAGCAGCACCUCCAUUUCUUGAGGGUUCUGAGAUGGAACAGGCUGCAGUCUGACCUACUAUUCUCCUUCUAUCGUACCACAAUUGACAGUGUGCUGGUGCACGCCAUCCCCGUGUGGUACGCCGGUUGCACAACAGCCAAUAAGAAGAGACUCCAGAGGGUCAUCAGAACUGCAGAGAAGAUGAUCGGCUGUCCACUCUCCACCCUGGACUCCAUUGCCAGCUCUAGAUGUCUCUCCAGAGCCGGGGCAAUCAUAAAAGACCGCCUCCAUCCUAACCACCAUCUAUUCAACAUCCUGCCCUCUGGAAAAAGGUUCAGAUCCAUUAGGUACAAAACCAACAGACUAAAGAGCAGCUUCUUCCCGUGGCUGAACCCAGGAGUGUUACCUCAGUGUGAGCAGUACUUCAAAGAGCAAGGUUUUGACACUAAGUUCCAAAAUGGACGAGUCAUUUUAGUUCGGCAGGCUCAACAACUUGCCCAGCGACAGAAAAGGAGAAAGAGAUUGCAGCAAACCAGCAUCCCUCUGGUCCCCGGUUACACCCUGCAAAUCAUUCCCUGUCAGAGGGCAUAUCACCAGCCAGUAACCUGGACUGGCCUGGGAUUGGUUAGAGUGUUUGAGGGGGUGGGGCUUAGAUUUACUGUGGACAACCUCCCAUCUUCGACUGAUUACCAGCUGGUGAUUUCCUAUGAACUAGAGUCUGCAUCUGACUGGAUGGCUUUAGUCAGUAUCAUCAAAGUGUCACAAGGCGAUGGCGGCUGCAGCAGCAGUCCAACAGGAAGUAAAACUCUGAUUCUACCUGGAAACUCUAGACGAGGUAUUCUGGACUCUCUGCUCUGUCUGAAUGCUGGAGGUCACUAUUUUGUGGAUAUCACCUUUUACAAACAGCCCAGAUCUGAUGGUUCACACAUCCUAAUUGACUCGAUUAGUCUUUUUAAUAGAAUUGGGUCAGUCCAAAAUUUCUGCUCUCAGAGCGACCUCGACACUUUUCACCAGUUUCACUGUACUGGAUUGACUGUCAAGCUUGGCCCUCAGGAGUCGCUACCUGAAGUCUGCGAGGGACUCAUCAUGAGCCUUUCAGCACAAAUCCACAAUGGAGCUGUCCUUUGCAGGUGUAAUGUUAUCGGCUCUAUUGGACCAUCCUGCAGUAAACUGGGUGGGUUUUGUCAAUGUAAGGCCAAUGUGAUUGGUCGUUGCUGCGAUGCCUGUGCCCCAGUGACGUUUGGCUUUGGACCUGAAGGCUGCAAACGAUGUGAUUGUGACCCCCAUGGCUCUGUGUCAGAGCUGUGCGAUCAGGUCAGUGGUCAGUGUGCAUGUCGUUCAGAGACGGCGGGUCAGCGCUGCGAUCGCUGUCAGAUGGGAUUCUGGGGAUUCCCUUCCUGUCGAUCGUGUGAAUGUAAUGGGCUGUCAGAGAUGUGUGAUGGACUUACCGGAGACUGUCUGAGCUGCAGGGAGCACACUACUGGACCCAGUUGUGAAAGGUGUGUUGAGGGUUACUAUGGUGACCCAAUCUCCAGACAGGCCUGUCAGCUGUGUUUGUGUCCAGAUGUUUUGAGCAGUGGACGAUUCUUCGCCACUUCCUGUCAGCAUGACCCACAGUCCCUAAGGCUCAUCUGUAAUUGCCAGGAGGGGCACACAGGUGUAAGCUGUGAUAGGUGCAGCCCUGGUUUCUAUGGUGAUCUGACAUUGCCAGGUGCAGUCUGUAAAGAGUGUCCCUGCAACAACAACAUCAACCCUGAUGAUCCCAACUCAUGUAACAGCAGAACAGGAGAGUGUCUACACUGCCUUCACAACACAAUCGGCCUACACUGCCAAAACUGCAAACCUGGCUACUAUGGCAAUGCCCUAACCCAGGACUGCAAAGAAUGCUCCUGUGAUCGACGGGGGACUCAGGUGACUCGGUGUCCUCUGGGGAGACCCUGUUUCUGUGAUCUGAGGACAGGACAGUGUCCCUGCAGGACAGGUGUGAUAGGUAAACUCUGUGAUGAAUGUGAGGACAGAUACUGGAACCUGAACAUAGCCUCGGGAUGUCAGCCCUGCAGCUGUGACCCCGUCAACUCUAUCUCCAACAUCUGUGACAAGGUAACUGGACGUUGUCCAUGCCAUCCUGAGUUUGGAGGAAGGCACUGUGAUGAAUGCAGAGAAAAUCAUUUUAGGAAUCCAGACCUGCAGUGUAUCCCAUGUGACUGCAACCCGGAGGGAACCAAACGACCAUCAUGUGACCCUGAGACUAGCGAGUGCAUCUGUCGGGCGGGUGUAACCGGUAUAUUCUGUGAUGAGUGCGCCCCCGGCUUCAAUACAUUAUUCCCAGCCUGUGAACAGUGCCAUCCCUGCAAUGCACUCUGGACUCAAAUUGUCACUGAUGUCCAGCAAGCUGCCCAGAAAAUAACAACCCUUAUCCCUCAUAACAACAUGCAGCCCACAGAUAACCACUACCUACAGGAGAUGAUGAACAUGCGCUCUGUGAUGGACAGCCUGGCCAACCUGAGAGUAAUCUCCCCACCAAGUGUGGAGAAGCUGGAGAAAAUGUCUUUGAAGGUCAGGAAGGUGAAAGAUGCCAUCGACGCAAAAGUGAUCCUGAUUGACGUGUCUCCCCUCUUCAACACUGAAAUUGACAACAUUCAUCUAGAAAUCAUGAACCUUGAGAAGAAACUCACUAGUGUCCCAACUGAUGACAUAAAUGACCGACAAAAAGCGCGUGUCUCAUCUGAACCUGUUGUAGAGCUGUUGGAUGAGAUCCAGACGCUUUACAAAGUCUUCAUGUUGGAGCAUGAGAGAGUGAGAAAUGUCAGCAAAGCUGUAGAGGACUCCAUGGACACCAGACAGGAAGUCAAAUACAAACUGAGCAUGUGCAACACAGGAGACCUGGCACUGCUGAAGAAGAAGGUCACAGAGCUGAGUGUGGUUCAGCUCAACCAGAAGGUCUGUGGAGAUCCAGGUUUGGAGGACUGUUCAGGGUGUACUGGAGCUCUUUGUGGGCGUGAUCUGGGGAACAGGAAGUGCGGAGGUCCAAAUUGUAAAGGAGCUGUUCCUGUCAGUGAGGAUGCUUCAGAGACUGCAGAGAAGCUGAAAGACCAGCUCGUGAAUUUGCCUUCCAGACUGCAGGACACCAGGAACAAGAUCAAUAAUGCCAAUCAGACGACUCAGGAUGCCAAAAACCGGGCCAGAGAUCUGCAGGACCAGAUCAGCAACAACACAAACUCGUGUGAGAGAGAGAAAAGCAAACCCAGAGAGCUUAUUCAGCAAGUCAAAGACUACCUGAUGGAUGACAUGGUUCCUCCAGAGGACACUGAGAAAAUGGCACAAGCUGUUUUGAGAAUCCAGCUCCCACAGUCACCUGCUAACAUCCAGUCCAUAAUCAGUAACGUCGGUAAUUUGUUGAAAAAUGCCACCAGACUCCUGGAGGACUUAAACAACCUGGACAAGAAAGUCAAGGCAGCCAGAGACCUGCAGCAGGAAGCUCGGGACCUCAAGGAGCAGAUGGAGAACACUGAUGUGAGGAAGAUCAUUCAGGAUAUUUAUGAAGCAGACAAAGCUCAGGACAAAGCUAACAACCUCUUGGAGAGAGUGAGCAGAAACAAAGAUGAAACCAAAGACAGGAUCCGAGAUGCCGAAGUCACACUGGACAACAUUGAGGCGAGGCUCAUGAUUCAGACCGAAGAUCUGUGGAAAGAGAUCGAAGCUAUGAAGGAUAAAACUGAGGAGAACAGAGAGGCAGCGAGAGAAGCCAGAGAGGCGGCAGAGAGUGCUUUCAACAUGACCGCCGAUGCAGAGAUGGAGCUCAAUGAUGUCAUGAAGCAGUUUGAGGUUUUAAAGCAAAAACAACAGAAUCAGGAGGUCGAGGGUCAAGCUGCUGGUCGACUGAAGAACAUCAUGAUGGAAGCUGAGGACAUGAAGAGACAAGUGGAGGACAAACUCCAGCAGAUACGAGACAUGGAGCAGAAGAUCCAGCAGCUGCUUCACAGAAGAAACCAGAAAGCUGCUGAAGUGUCCGACCUGCUGGAGGCGGCUGAGUCGAUUCGACAGGAAAUCUCAACUCGAGCACAAGUAUACACCGAGUGUACUGGAUAGAUAUACUGUAAUACUGCUAAUAAAUACCAGUGAGUACUGCAAACAGCAGUACUGCUCAGAAUCUGCUGUAGCUGAAUUUAAUCUGAAUCUUAUUCACUGUUUGUACUUGUGUUUUUUUUUCUUUGUUUCAAGUUUUCAAACUUUUUAAAGUUUUUCUGUUGAAGUUUUGAGUUUCUUUUAAAUACAGUAUGCUACAAUACAAAUGAAGACAUGCCUUUUGAAAUAUGAUGACAGAAAACAACAUAGAUGAGCAGUUUCAAUUAUUCUGUAAUAAACUCUUCAUCAAACAGCUUCAGGCCUGAUAUGACAGAAAUAUCCAAUUAAAACUUUCUGGAUAAAACAAAUAUUAAGACUUGUUAUAUUUAUGUUUGGAUUUGGUUUAAAUCUGUGAAUCUGACCUUAGACACAGAUCCCUGAGCGAUGCAGGAGUCUCUCUCCAUCAUCUCUGGGGAAACUGAUAACAAUUCAUUACCUUUCCUCUCCUUCAGUUACUCGUUGAUGUAGUCACGUAUGUAAGAUGAACUUUUUAUAGGACAUGACCAUCCACCCUGACACCAUGCAUCAGUCUGCAUGAGAGCACUAAAGUCUUCCUCCUGCUGUUUCUUUCUGAUAAUGACUGUAACACAUUUCUCAACCAUUCUGAGAAUAUAUAUUUAAUCCUUACUCUUAUUCCCCUUAUUGUAUCUGUAACAAGCAACUUCUUUCGGUGCUGUGCUACUGGAAACUGAAUUUCCCGGAGGA